CAGCUAGGAUGUCUUCUAAGUUCUAAUCAUACGUUUCGUUCCUACUCCCAGCUACUAUGCCAUUUGGUACCGUCACUCUUAACGAUGGAAAUGAGUUCCCCGUAAUAGCUUUUGGCACGGGGACCAGCAUGAUAUUUAAGGAUGUCACAGACUACGUGGGACAGGCCAUUGAGAAUGGAUUUUCCCAUAUCGACACCGCACAGUUAUAUCGGACAGAAGCCUACGUGGGCCUAGCUAUCAAGGAGAGCGGUCUUCCUCGCUCGAGUCUGUAUAUCACUACUAAGUACAGCUCUGGUGCAUCACCGCGGGAGGCUAUUCAACAAAGUUUGAACAAGAUGGGUCUUUCUUAUGUUGAUUUGUAUCUGGUGCACUUCCCGGAUCUCUUUUCUGACUUUGAAUCUGGGUGGCAAGAAUUCGAGAAGAUGAAGAAAGAUGGAUUGACAAGGAGCAUUGGUGUCAGCAACUUUACCCUAGAGGACCUCCAGAAACUCCUGAAAACUGCGAUUACGAAACCUGCUGUCAACCAAAUUCGAUUCCACCCGUAUAAUUAUGCCUCGCAAAAAGCUUUGCUUGAGUACUGCGCAAAGCAGAGUAUCACGGUGGAAGCAUAUGGAAGUCUGAACUCUAUUACGCAGAACCCUGGAGGACCGGUCGAUGCGGUAGUCAACGCCGCCGCUAAGCGUAUAGGAGCAACUCCGAAUCAGGUCAUUUUCUCUUGGGUCAGAAGUAAGGGUGUAGCAAUCGUCACGACGAGCCGGAGCAAGGAACGCCUUCAAGAGUACCUCGCUGUCGAAGAUCUUCCACCACUCACCGCUGAGGAAAUCGCUGCCAUUGAUGACGCCGGUGCUAAAGGCCCUCCCUCCCAGUUGGUUGUUGCGAGGCUUGCGAUGCAACACAGAUUCGAAAGGUCUUCAUCGUUGGUCAUGUUGCUGGUUAUUGCAAUUAUAUUCAGCCUUGCAAUGUUUUUUAAGUUGUACGGAGGAGGUACGAGCGGGCUUUGGAGUUUUUCAUGGGCGAAUGUAAUAUGCAUCUAGUGUUUGUUGUUUCUGUCUUUCACCACACCCGUCGACCCAGCGUUGCGGAGUAUUUUUGUAUCCUCGUCAACCUUUCGCUCUGUAUCACUGCAUGUUCCUUUCCAUGAUAGUAGUACGCCUCGCAUCGAGUAUUGGACUUGAUCAGUGCAUCCUGCGA